AUGCCCGCUAAGGCGUCCUCGGCGCCUCCCCGCGCUGCCCUUGCUGGAGUUUGCUCCACUUUUGUGGACAGCCGCUUCUGCAGCUUGCCUCUCUGGGAUGAUGCUCAGGUGGCCCAGGAAAAAUGGGGAGACCCGCUGACAGUGUCCGUGCCGAGCGUCGGCGGUGAUGGGGGCAGGGAAGCAAAGGAAGGUGGUGGUAGAUCGAAGGCUUUCAACGGUAGCAAGCAGGGAUCGACGUCCUUUGGGGCAGAGACUCACUUCAAGGAUGAGGCGACGCACCACGCCGUCGAGGCGUUUAUCGUAUCGCUUUGUCCACCGCGACAGUCGGACCGGGAUGCCGAGAGUGUGUGCGACGUGUCCUCUUCCGACGAGGUGACCUGGCUUCGACCAACAGAGGUGUUUCGUCCUUUCCGCCCUGUAGUACAUCACAAUGUUACCCCGUUCAUGAAUCCGUACGCAACAGCUGAGGCUCUGAUACCGGUCGAUGCCAAGACGGAGGAGGUGCAGUGCCAGUCACCGUCGUCUGCUGGUGCUGUGGCCCCAAACAACAACACCAGUCACCGAAGGGGCGGCGGUAACGCGCGGCAAAGCAGUGCGGCGGCCCCUGUGCAGCAGGCGUUUUAUCAACUGUACCCCGAGGCCAUAACCGUGCUGGACAUGUUCCCGCAGGAGGAGAGGGAGCUUUGGACUCACUGCACGCCAGCAGAGUCGGUGCGGCGAUAUCGAGCCCUACCCCCUCUAAUGCAGCCCUACGAUGGUGUGCUGAUUGCUGGCUGCGCCGAGACGCCAGCGCAGGCGUGCGAGUCCCGCUACAGCACCGCUCUGCGUCACAAGCUCCAGCAAGCCGAGCAGCUGGCCUCCUUAGCCAAAACGCCACCGUUUCUGAUGAGUGCCUUCAACAGUGCCUUGAUGGCGGUAGAGCAGGCGCAGCGAUACAUUCCGGCAGGCUGGUACCUGUGGGAGCUUGUAUACCCGCACGCCCCUGGCACGUGCCACCCAGUGUACAAUCCGUUUGGCAAGUACGCUGUGAAGUUAUUUGUCGACGGUGCCUACCGCAAAGUGCUCGUAGAUGACUGCCUGCCAGUGGACGUGCUUGGUCGUCCGCUCCUCAGCAUAACAAGUCGAAAGGAGCUGUGGCCGUGCCUGAUUGCGAAGGCUGUGGUAAAGGCGCUCGGCCCCGUCAGCGGAGUGCAGGCCUUGACAUCUGCCCCAGAGCUGAUUGUGGCAGCGCUAUUAGGCAACUGGGUGCCACAGUACCUUUCUCCCAGGCACGACAUCGUCUAUACCACCGCACUGCUUCUCCUGUAUCAGCGUCAGCUGACGCAGCUCGAGAGCCUGACGGAGCCGUUUGUGAAGGAUGCAGUCGCAAGCACAGAGGGGCGUGGCAGGGCCGACAGUGCCGGCGAUGUAACGGCAAAGGGUGGAAAAGACAACGCGCGCGGCCGUCGAGGAUCGCCGAAUCCAACACUGCAGAGGCGCAUCUCGUCAAGUGGGGCUCGUACCAGUUCGGUGAAGCGGCAGCAGAGCAGCCGUGCCUGUGGGGUCUCUGGCGAUGCCGGCGAGGAGGCAGGCGAACUGAAGCCGCUGACGGCUACGGAGUAUUGCGAGCCGAUCAUUGAUGAGCCCCUGCCUGAGCAGCCUUUUUACGUCUGCGGCUUGCACGCUCCGUCGGCUGAGACGCUGAAGUCGAAAACUGCAAGUACGGCCAGCGGUGGGUACGGCUUCGGGACGCAACUAUAUACGAUCCACGCGAUGAAGUCCUUUCGCAACACGGUGGCUCUGCUGCUGCACACCACUCCCCGCGCGUGCAUCUCCGAGGGCAUUUUUGAGAAGGAGAAGGACGCCGACGACGUGAGCGCGCUCCAUGACUGGGGCCGUCGCGCUGUGCGAGUAGGCGGUACACACGCAGCCAGCACAGGGAAGCCGUCGCACGGUCCGGAGGGCGUAGCAACACCCUACAUCGUCGGUGCGCAAGGUGAUGUGACUCCUUCCAUAACGGACAUGAUGAUCAUGGACAGCGACAGAGCGGCCUCCGUGACAUCCUGCUGGUUGACGCUGGAGGAGUUCAUGUUGCACAUGGAGACGGUUAUUAUCUGGCGACAACUGACCGGGCGGUACGCCAACGCAGUCUCAGUCAGCGGAGAGCGACUCCUGCAGCACCAAGGAAAUGGUUCUGCGACUGGCGGCGCUGGAUCCAGUGACUCCCCGCUAUCGACAGCGUUACGCAAGAAAUCACCAACGCCGCGCCGCGGGGAGGUGUCGCCGACGGCGACCGCGACAUCCAGCAUCGCCACGCAAUCCUCAACUCCACCGCCGCCGUCGAUGAUGUGGUGGAAGCUGACGGCCGAAAAGGCCGUAGAGGCGGUUGUCGUUGUCUCGUGCUCGGCGGUCAUGGAGGCCGCCGCGCGUGGCACCGUGGCCGCAAAGAUACCACCGACGACGUUGUCAUCAUCUCAUUUGUGGCUGUCGACGGGGCCAUCUGACCCGGUUGCUGGCUUGAGGGGGUCGGCAGGGGCAUCGGAGGGGCAUCUGGAGCGGCGAGUGCACUUUCACCACUUCCAGUGGGAUCGUGCGGAGCCGCUGAACCACAUCGGAUCUCUCACCUACACGAAUGGCGUGCUGCGCUCGACAGUCUUGCACUUCCGCCCCGGCGUGCACCUGCUCCGCGUCGAUCUACACCAAGUGCAGGCCCCUGAUACAAUUUCCUUUCUCUCCGACGCUUCGAUGGAAGUGCAGCUGGAUCUCUCCCACGACGCUAACCGCGACGGGUUUGUUUGUUUGACCGACGCCGGUGUCUACUCGGCAGUGCAGUCUUGCGACAUAGAGAACGUGUGGCUGAAGCGCGUCUUUUCCCUCAACGUCCCGACGUGUGUGACACUGCAACUGUCCACGCUGGACUCGACGGAGGAUGUGAUGGGGCACCGGCAGAUUUACACCACCGCCAACCAGGCAUCUGCGGCAAUAGCAGCAGGGAAGGGCGGUGGUAAUCACGGCAAGACAGCGGCCAGUGUGCGGGGUGCACCGCAGGGCGGGAACGCUGGUGCUGGUGUGGGAAGGUCUGGCAGCACGCCUCCGGUGCCAAGUUUCACUGCGGCGGACGGGAAGAAGCGUAGUGAGGGACUGCUAACGGCAGAUGCGGAGAAUCGCGCCGCGUUCAUUGUCGCCACCAGGGAUGCCUCAAUGUCCAUUUUGCGGUACACUUCACUGCUACUACUCAACCUCGACCGCCCAGAGGACUACUGUGUUGGGACUGCUGGACGACUCGUGAAACUGAAGCUGGAGCCGAACGAGAAGGGGUACCUGAUUAUAGCAUACACGAAGGUGCCGGGGUCUCUGAUGCAAAGUGUCCAACCGCAGGACAAGGUGGCGGGCGAGGUCGGCGGUAUGGGAUCGCUACUGCCAAUGCUCACGCCGACCGCCUCGCCCACUGAGGAGGAGCUGCGGACGCCGGAGUCGCCAUUGCCGAGAAACUCACUUCCAACCCCUGCAUCCACGACGCCACCGCUGCUUUUUCCCGCAGCGCAGUGGAAGCUGACACUUCGCUCCAGCGCAGAACUCCAAAGUUUCGACGCCGUUGCCCACGAUUUGAAUAACGUGACAGUGGAGGCUGACCUACCGCGUGGCGGCUCGCCGAUUCUGUGCCGCCGCAUCCUCACCAUCACGGAAGCUACCCACGUCUCUAUUGUCGCGCAGCUGCGCUCUCCUUUCCCGAUGCCAUACACGGUGCGCAUCGUGCGGCUUCUGACCCCAGCGGCAGGGGUACCGACGUCGACCACGCCGAAGGCGAUCCGAGCGUCAUGCAGCAACAAUGCGCCUGUUGGGAUGUCGGAGCCAGUCGCGGCAGAUCUCAGCCGCGUUGCUGGGACUGCGCCCUCGCAGGCCAGCGCCUUUGUUGUGUACGAGUCGCCCCUAACCCUACACCGCCUCUUUGUAGCUGACGUCCUUCUGAGCACGGCGGUCGACACGAGCGUGGGGAAGGGCGGCAAAGGCCCGGUGGUAUCGGGCGCGGUAGGGGGAGCGGCGGCCGUCUACGCCAUCGAGGCCGCAGUCUCCGAGGAGGACGCUGCCGCAUGGAACGAGAGUUGUCGCCAGAGCCAAGAAGAUGCAUUCCUUCUCUAUCGCAAGGCUGCUGAGGAGCAGGCGGCCAUUUCAAACGAGCGCGACCUGGCCGAGUACCACAGCAACCCCGACGCCUUUGUGCAGCGUAAGAGGGAGGCCGCAGCUCAGCGCCGACAGUGUGCCACAGAGGCUGCCGAGAAGGCUGUGUCGCGCUCCGCGACGACAGGGCGGAGGCGUAGCGGCUCGAUGCGGCGACAGAGCCACCACAUGCCUGGUGUGCUCGAAAGCUUUGCGAAGAACGCGCAUCGCGGUCGCUCUUCGUCGAUGCGGCCAGAUACAGCGCACGAGGCGUCCGUUCAACACUACCUCGACACUGUGGACCCCAACUGGGCCGUGCACAUCAAUAUUCACCUGAGCUUUUCUAGCUCCCGCGCAGAGCCGAAGGUGGACACGCCGGCACCAGACGCGCUCGCAGAGCUUCGCAGGCACAUGAAGGAGACGGUGUCGUGGUUGCAGGAGUGGAGUGAGCCAGGCGCCUCUAGUGUAGAGGCGGCGGCUGCGGCGUCUGUAAUGAGCCCCAUCGCGACCGCCACCCCCUCGGGUAGCAGAUCGGGGGCCUCGCGGAGUCAGCGCGAUGUGGCGGCGGCCACUGUCACCACCGUGGAGGACGCCUUGCGUGCCGAGGCAGCCCGGCAGAGUCGCUUGGAGUACCUGGGCAACCCGCAGCACCUCUUUGCUGUCUUUCUCGAUCCGGGAGACAACGCGGACGCGGCGGGAACGCCCGCCGGCGUCUCUGCCGCCUCCUUCGCGCACAAAUCAAAGCAUGACACGUGUGUCAACAGUAACGGAACCGGGGCUGCCCACUCAGCGGUAAGCAGUGGCACGCAGGGGGCACGUUGCUAUCGAAAGGAAUGGAUGGAGGCGAACGCAGGGGCGUCUAGCAGUGUAUCGGACUACCCCUCAUCGGCGCACUCACCACCGGUGCUGAUGUACGAUGGACCGGCCACACAGUUUCGCUACGCGGCGCCACUGCAGCCAGCGCAGUACCGCAUCGAGCUCCUGCCUCUGCGUAGCUGGGAGGAGUCCCCCAGAGCUGUCAGUCAAGGGCAGGAUGGCGUCGCUGGCGCUGGGGCCGCUGCGGCUGCGACGAGUAACCGCGGAAGACGACCGAAGGCUUCCAGCUCAGUGCCUCCGGCCCCGGCUCCACCAGCUCGAGCGCACGGCAGUGGAUCAGGGGUGACGAGCAGCAGCUCUCCACGAUCCUUUCCAGAUGUUACGUCAGGCGGCUUCUCUACCUCAAUCGCAUCUGCCUUGUCUUGCCCGCUGACAGCCGCUGAGUGCGAGGCGAUGCUUCUGCCCUUGCGGCGACCCCUGACGGAGGCGUCUGGGAGUUGGGACCUUGCCCUAGCACCGGCACGCGUCGCGAAGAGUGAGAAUCAAGCGCGGCUAAAGGGCAGCUUCCACGCGUACUUUGAGGCCAUGGCGGAGCAGAAGGCGGCGAACGGUGACGCCAGUGGCGUAGCUCUGCCCCUUGUUUACCACUCCCUCCUGGGUGGCAAGGAGGAAGAUCUCGGGGCGUCGUUCAAGCUCAGGAGGUCGAUUGCUUUCACGUAG